CACAACACACACAGACAGCUGUGUUAUAACGUCUUCUGAGAUUUUGUAAAAAUCGAUUUUUCGAGGGGGCGUUCUCGAUUUAGAGUACUUCGUUUCCAAGUGUACUUUCAUUUGAAGUGCAUUGGCUCAGGAAACUUGCAAGAUACGGUAAAUAUAUCGCUAAGUCAGUUAGUGGGUAUAUUUUUUAUUCUUUUCUGUAGAGAAUACAGUAACAGGGGGGAGGGAGACAGACCGACAUAGCUCAGCAGUGGAGCUCAGAAGGCGGAGAAAUGGUCGACCAAGGAGUGCUGUGUAUGUGCGAGAGGGAGGGGUUUGUCUCUAUCUGUAACUGUCUGUGUGCUUUUGCUCCUAGGGCUGUAGUACCUACCGCAUAAUUCAUGAACCACAUGACGUUUUCGCCAGCGAGGCGGAUCUAUUCAAAUUAGCAGAAACUCGUUUGGCACCAGUGUAGGCGGGUUUAUCAAAGGGAAGGCGUGGAUCGAAAUCUUUGGACUUUUAAAAUAUUUUUACUUAACAGAGUUUACUCACUGACCUUAAUUUGAAGCAAGGAAGCAGCGGUAGAUUUUUCAGUACCUUUCUUAGUGUAUGAGAAGGAUGACAGAAAACUGCUUAUGUUGUGACAGACCCCUAAUCAUAGUUGAUCAGUUAGUCAGUGGGAAAAAGUAGCAAAAUCCACACAAGAAAAGGCCUUAUGUGAUCAAUGCAAGCUGCAGAGGGGAAUAACUGCAAAUCACUGGAAGAUGAUUGAGAUGUCGGUGGAGAAAGAGACAAUUUUGUCAGAUGAUGGUAAGGGGAACACUUUAACAACUCCCCAGUCCCCACCUCCCUCUGAAAACACAGAAGGAGGGGGCAAUAAGACCCCCAAACCCAACACUGUGGUUCCUGUCUGUGUUGGUGGGUCAAUAUUAGCAAGUGCAAUGCUAUCUGAACUCUCAGCUAACCACUCCACAUCAAUGGAGAGCAGUGGUCAAGUUGAUUCUCUAGGGCUUGGGGUACGGAUAACAGGCAAACCUUUACAGCCAAAAAACGGCCUGCAACCACAACCUGGGCCCCAGCAACAGCCACAGAAACUCAACAAACGUCGCUAUAGUAUGAACUCGGGCUUUAAACACCCAGGAUUUAGUAAACGGCGGCGACGUGCUAACUCAGAGUGCGACCCCGUUCUGCCCACCAAUUUCCUGCUGGGUGGAAACAUCUUUGACCCACUGAACCUCAACAGCUUAUUGGAUGAGGAGGUGAAUCGGGCACUAAACGCAGAGACACCCAAGUCUUCACCCUUACCAGUCAAAAACAGAGACCCUGUGGAGAUUCUCAUCCCUAAAGAUAUCACAGACCCCCUCAACCUCAAUGGGAGGGGUGGGGAUGCCCAUGGAGGAGUCCUGGUUUCACCCAUGAAGAGCGGUGGGAGACGGAGGCAUCGAAAUCGACACCAUGGGGGAGGGGCUGCAGGCCAGCCGGACACUUUAGACUUGGACAGGUCAAGGAUGACUGGUGAGGAAGGUGCAACAGUUGUACCACUGUAUCCUCACAUGGGUACAGGGGUGCACCCAAGCACAGUACCAGAGGUCCCUAAAGAGGGUGCUGUGUUAUCUGGACUGCGCACUGUGGAAGAGUCACCAAAACCCUAUGAACUCAACACUACUAUUAACUGUAGGGAUGAGGUGAUUCCACCCAUACUGCCUCGGCGACAAUCACAGCCUUCAAGUAACUCUGCAUCUCAAGUACAACUGAGUAAUGCUGAUUCGGGGUCAUCCGGUCAGGCAUAUCGUCACCGAAAGCGUAGGCGCACCAGCAGCCGUUCGGAUCGCCUGUCGGUCACACCAACCCCUGCCACCAAAAGGCCCAGUGCAGAAAGAGGACAUAGUCAGACUUUCCACACUCCCAUUGGAGGAGGAGUUACAGGAGGACAAGGACCGCGGGUGCAACAGGUUCCUCAAAGCCGUCACAAACCACAGCGCAAAUUCCAAUUUGGAAACUACAGUCAUUACUAUGGAUAUCGGACACCAGGCCUGAGUCAGGAUCCGAGAAUAUCAGUUUUUAGGCCUGAAUGGUUUCACGGAAAGAAUAUUCUUGACCUAGGCUGCAACACAGGUCACAUGACACUUGCUAUUGCCAAAAACUGGAGUCCUGCCCAUAUUCUCGGUCUGGACAUUGAUGGUAGGCUUGUGCAUGCCGCACGACAAAACCUACGUCACUUCCUAUCUGAGCUUCACAGAUUGGGCACAAGGUAUGGCAUAAACCAAAAUAGAUGGUUUGGGAAUGAAGGAAUAGACAACAAUGGGACAAGGAGGAAGAGAGGAAGGGAGGAAGAGAGGGAGGAGAACACAGAGAAACCCAGAGAGAAGAAAGACAAAAUGGAGGACUGUCCAGAUCAAGGAGUAACCCAGAAAAGUAUUGCUGUGGACACACAGGUUAAACAUGACCCCUCCCAGCCCGAAGUUGAUAGGAAGACUCAUAGGGAGGGAAAAGGGACAGAAGGGGUGCAAGGUUUAACCCCUCUCAUGGCACUCCCCAGUGGCCAGUGGCAAGCACCCCAGCCUUUUCCUAUAUCCUUCCGAAUCUGCAGGGGUCCCAUCGUCGCACCCCCUCUUCUCGAACAUUCUCCUGGGGUGUUCCCAUCCAAUGUUUCUUUUAUGAAGGGGAACUAUGUGCUGGAGAGUGAUGAUUUGCUGGCAUCAGAGAGAGCGGAGUAUGAUGUCAUCCUGUGUCUUAGCCUGACCAAGUGGGUACACCUGAACUGGGGUGAUGCUGGGCUACAGCGCCUCUUCAAACGAGCUUUCAGGCAGCUGAGACCAGGAGGGCUGUUUAUUCUGGAGCCACAGCCGUGGAGCAGCUACAGCAAACGCAAGAGACUCACGGAAACAACCUAUAAGAACUACAACAGUAUCCGGUUUAAACCAGAUCAGUUCAGCUCUUACCUGACGUCAGAGGUGGGCUUCAGCAGCUACGAACUUAUUGGGGUCCCUAAAAGCUGUCCCAGAGGAUUCCAGAGGCCGAUUUAUGUAUUCCACAAAGGCCCCUCCUCCAGGAAAUGAGUCACAGAAAAGUGAAACUGAUGUAGAGGAAGAGGAGGUCCUGCCAAGUUAAACCAUUCCUCAUUUGACUCCAGUUAAAGACUGACAGCCAUAGGCUCUUUUGAGGAAUAUGAACCCUGACCUUUCUUUAUUGCUCGUGGCCAAGUCAUACAAACAUCAGCUCAUUUAGACAGUGUUGGACAUGGAAUGUCUUGCCUUUUUUUUGUGCUUUCAUACGCUACAGCUGUUGCCUAGCAACAUUAAGGAGGCAUUUUAAUAACCCAUGAACCCAUGACUAUGAAACUUGUGUGCGGACUCACAACAUGCACGGGAUUCAGUGUUUUGUAACUAGAAGCUUUGAUCUGUUUUGUCUCAUCAUCUCUCUCCUACGUAUUUAGAGAGACAGUGCAGUGGAUUGGAAACUCACAUUUUGACAACCAUGCUUAAUAUUGGACUGGACCUCGAAGAACCGCAAACGAAAAAAAACUUUUUCCCAUUUCUGAAUGAAUGAUGCAGCUGUUGACAUAUUGUCGACCAGGCAGUGCUGGUGGUCAGACUUUUUAGUGAGCUUCUCACUGGAAAAACAACAGGCAUUCUCUUCCACAGCUCCUUUAACCAGUUUGUCUGCUUCUGAUGAUGACGGAUUACAGAUGAAAAAUUUGAAAACUCUGAGCGUGAACAGAUUCACCAUGGUUGUGGCUGAAGAGCCAACAUAAGCACACACACUUUUCUCCAGUGAGUGUGGGACUACUGUUUGUGUGUUUGAGCAACCUUUUGAUGUGAAUACAGAAAAACAGUUCCUGAAUCUUCAUCAAAGUAUCCAUUUCCUAUAUUCCUUUUUUUUUUUUUAAACUACAGUUGAAGAUCCUGCUCAUAUACCAUGGGACAGGGUGUGUGUGUGUGUGUGUGUGUGUAUGUAUGUGUUCAAGUGUCUGCUAGAAAGGAGGAGGGAGUAGUUUGUGCUUGUUUGCUGUAACGAGGUUUUCAUUCAUAUACACA